AUUGCGCAGCCAGCACGUUCGCUCCAUCGGACCAACUCACACUGUCCCCGUCGUUCAAGCCAUGGAUAACUCACCAACCACGCUAUUCGAUUCUUACGAACAGGACUUCCGACAGACUAUUGAAAGUGUACGGGCCAAACUCGACGGGGACACCAAGGAUGAGCGAGGAGAACAGAGGAAAGCUGCCUUAAGGAGGGCGGAUAUGGAGCUAGAAGAAGCGGACGAAAUGGUGUCGCAAAUGGAGAUUGAGAUUCAGGGGAUACCGCAGUCUAUCAAACCACAGUACCAGACACGUUUGAAAGCGGCCAAGGCCGAUCUAACACGGUUUAAGAAGCUUUCCAAAGAUUUCCACUCCCAGUUUUCACGGACAGAAUUGCUUGCUUCGUCAGGGAGAAUCGGUACACCAUCGUCUGACGAGCCUUACGGAUCAACAAGUGAUAGAACACGGUUGCUUGCUGGGACCGCAACCUUGGAAGAUGGGACUAGACGCCUGCAAGAAUCUCAUCGCAUUGCUCUAGAGACGGAGGACCAGGGUGCCGAGAUUUUGUUGAAUCUACGUGCUCAAAGAGAGCAGAUUGAGAAUGCGAGAGAUACCCUCCACACCGCCGACACUUCGAUAGACCGUGCGGCUGGAACUCUGAAGAAGAUGAUCCGGCGGAUGAAGCAACAACGUGUUGUUACCAUAGCCAUCAUCAUUGUGCUUGUCUUGCUCAUCGGCAUUAUCAUUUACGAGAAACUAUUUGGAUAGGUUGACGCCGUUCUACGUGUGGAUAUUGUCGGUCGGGGAUGCCUAUUUAUUGUCCCACAUACCAUUGUGGGGUUUACGUUUCCCGCUUUCUUCAAUUUAGACUACUAAGGGUCGUGAAUGGGGACCUACCUUAUUCUAUUUCACUGUAACGAUGGUUCUGAACGGUUUUUGAUAACAUCUGCCACCUAAGCCGUACUUUUGAUGGUGACCUCAUGCGAUAGUCCGUAGUCAGGCCGACAUCUGGUUCCUCCUCCACAAUUGUUUCCCCCCCACCCGUACGGGUCCG